AUGUACCAGUCUGAGGGUAGAGGCCAUGUCCAUCUUCUAAAUCCUCACUGCUGAUGCUUGUUCUUCUGGGCCAAGAUGUGGGACGUUACAGAGCUUUUGAAGUCCUCUCAGGCUGAUGAAGCAGUAGAAGGUGAGGGGGCCUUGAUGUAUCUGACAAGGUGCCGCAAGGGGCUGGCAGUCAGUGCAUGUGCCCAUGCCAUCUUCUACAAACUUCUCCAUGACCUCAGGAAGAGUGGGACUGAGAAGGGUUUGCCAACUUCCUUGGGGGACAGCCACAGCCUGAAGGUUGGGAUUAGCAGCAGGGGGCACCUUGGGAAGCAACUGGCCCAUGUGCUCCUGACACUGAGCUGGGCUCCAUGCCCCAGUAUCCAUGUUUCCACCAGGUGCCCUGAGAGCCUGGAUAAGUCAGACCUGCAGAAGCAGGGGCUUGCGUGCUUUUAUGACAACACUCAGUUGGUGGCCUGGGCGGACAUUGCAUUCCUCUGCUGCCUCCCAUCUCACGUGCUGUCCAUCUGCUCUGUCAUUCAGCCUGCCAUCCAGAAACCCUGCGUUGUGUACAGCCUCGUCAGCGCCAUCCCUCUCCUCAGGUUGAAGCAACUCCUUUGCUACAGUGCCAUCGUGAGGGCGCAGUACGAGCGCUCUGGCCAGGAGCCUACCGAUGAAUGUGGGGCGACGGGGACAGUCCCAGCGGCGCUGCAAGACCCUGCUGCUGCGCAGGCAGCGUGCCCCUGCAGUUCCCGAGGGAAAAUAAGAGUCAAUGCUGAAUGGCUGGUGGCCAUUUUCUACGCAGCCCUGAACAGCAGUACGUGGCAGAGCCUGCCUCACCAGAAGGCACUGAAAUUACUCAGUGACCUCUGUUUUCCUGAAUGCUGCCCCAUCUGUACAGAGCAGAAAACCUCCUGUCCACGGUUUGUGCACAAGAGUUCUGUCAGCAAAGGUUUUCCCUUGUGA